CCGCGACGACGUGGGAAGCCCGGGCCGCCUCCGCCGCAUUGUCCCGGGCUGCGAGUCCAGGCCCUGAGCUGCCGCAGCGCCCGCCCACCGCCACCCGCGGGGCCAUGCGGAGAGCGGCGGGGAUGGAGGACUACUCCGCAGAGGAGGAGGAGUCCUGGUACGAUCAUCAGGACCUGGAGCAGGACUUGCACCUGGCGGCGGAGCUCGGGAAGACUCUGCUGGAGAGGAACAAGGAGCUGGAAGAGUCUCUGCAGCAGAUGUACUCCACCAAUGAGGAGCAGGUGCAGGAGAUCGAGUACCUGACCAAGCAACUGGACACGCUGAGGCUCGUGAAUGAGCAGCAUGCCAAAGUGUACGAGCAGCUGGACCUGACGGCCAGAGACCUGGAGCUGACCAACCAGAGGCUGGUGCUGGAGAGUAAGGCUGCCCAGCAGAAGAUCCACGGGCUGACGGAGACCAUUGAGCGCCUGCAGUCCCAGGUCGAGGAGCUGCAGGCCCAGGUGGAGCAACUCAGAGGCCUGGAGCAGCUUCGGGUCCGCCGGGAAAAGCGGGAGCGCAGGAGAACCAUCCAUACCUUCCCCUGCCUGAAGGAGCUGUGCACAAGCCCCCGGUGUGAAGAUGCCUUCCGCCUGCACAGUUCCUCCAUGGAGCUGGGCCCUCGGCCCCUGGAGCAGGAGAAUGAACGAUUGCAGACCUUGGUGGGGGUGCUGCGUUCCCAGGUGAGCCAGGAACGGCAGCGCAAGGAGCGGGCGGAGCGCGAGUACACCGUGGUGCUCCAGGAGUACACGGAGCUGGAGCGGCAGCUGUGUGAGAUGGAGAGCUGCCGUCUGCGCGUGCAGGAGCUGGAGGCCGAGCUGCUGGAGCUGCAGCAGAUGAAGCAGGCCAAGACCUACCUGCUGGCCCGGGAUGAGCACCUGGCUGAGGCUUUACUGGCGCCCCUCACUCAGGCCCCUGAGGCUGAUGACCCCCAGCCAGGCAGUGGGGAUGACUCCAAUGUCCAGGAUGGUGUCUCCUCGCCCGCAGCCUCCCCCAGCCAUGCAGUGCGCAAAAGCUGCAGUGACACAGCACUCAAUGCCAUUGUGGCCAAAGACCCAGCCAGCCGUCAUGCGGGCAACCUCACGCUGCAUGCCAACAGUGUGCGCAGGCGUGGUAUGUCUAUCCUGAGGGAGGUGGAUGAGCAGUACCACGCGCUGCUGGAGAAAUACGAGGAGCUGCUGAGCAAAUGCCGGCAGCAUGGUGCCGGGGUGCGGCACGCGGGCGUGCAGACCUCACGGCCCAUCUCCAGGGACAGCUCAUGGAGGGACCUACUGGGGGGCGAGGAGGGCCAGGGAGAGGGCAAGGCAGGUGAGAAGAGCCUAAGCCAGCACGUAGAGGCUGUAGAUAAGCGGCUGGAGCAGAGCCAGCCCGAGUACAAGGCACUCUUCAAAGAGAUCUUUGCCAGGAUACAGAAGACCAAGGCAGACAUCAACGCCACCAAAGUCAAGACGCACAGCAGCAAGUGACCCCUUUCUAGGCCUGCAGCCUCCCCCUGCCUCCCUGCCAAGGGAGUCCCUCAUACCUGGAUGGCAGCCUCUUAGCAAGUAAGAGAGCCCUUAACGCAGCAAUACAUCCUAGCAGGUGGCUGAAGCAUGAGCAGAGAGGCCUCUGAUCUGGGGACACAGCGUUUUUCCUAUUGGUGGCUUGGUUUACCUGUCCUGCCUCCCUUGACCACUUUGCUUCAGCUUGAAGGCACAGCUCAGUUUAAAGGCCAAACACCCUCCCCUACUGUCCCUGGGGGCUCCUCAGCCCUCAACUUCUGGACCCCCGGCCUCACUCUCUGAUUGUGGCCAGUCUUCUGCAAGCCUUUCUUGCUUAGCUGACUUUUUCUCCCCUCCAAAGUUGUUUUUCUGAGAGAUUUGCAAUGCAAGGUCUCCUUGAGCCUUGCCACAACUGGAAACACUUGAAAGGGACCCUCAGAGCCAGCUCGCUGGCUCCUGGGGUCUCCUCGACCACUCACUGCUUUUGCCAACCACGACUGUCUUUCCCAUAGUUGUACCACUCCCAGAGUUCUGAGCAGGGCACAGAUGGCUCCCGCUUUGCAGAGCAGGACCCCUCCAACCCUGGCAAAGACCUUCAGCUCACCACAGAUCUGUAGCCCAUCUGACCACAGGAAGAGGGAGGCCCUCAACAGCCAUACAUGGGUAGCGCCCCUUUCCUCUCAGAGCCAGCCUCCUCAAGUUCCAUCCCUGGAAGUAUUUUCUGGGCAUGAAGCCCUCCAGGGGCCAGGAUGGCGGGGAGUUCCACCAUCUCUGCUUCACUUCCCUUCUCUGUACCUGCCCCCAUCUCAGGGACCAUGAUGUCUCAUCCACUCCUCACCUCCUCAGGCCAGCCCUGGUACAGUUCACAUCUGCAGCCUCCAAGAAUGUCCUGUGUGAGUGUCACCAAUCCAGACCCCAGUGUCCAUCUGUGUCCUUCACCGGGGACUGGAAGAUCUUUACUCCAUGUUACGUAUUCUUAGGUUGAAGAAGACAUUUCUCCUUUCCCACUUUCCUACAGAAUGCCUGCUCUUUACCUCCCACCUUUAUGGAGACUUUUGAGGCCCGACCUAGGUCAGGGGUUCAGUAUUUUAAUCCAACACCUCAGACAGUCCAGCUUCAUCUAAGAGAUGCCCAGGUCCCCAGCUUGCCCUCGGCAGCCCUUCGGGGCUUCUGGUUCCUUUCUGCCAUCCUCCCAAGACCCUAGAAAUCAAAGGAGCCAUACAAUCCAGUAGGAGGCAGUGACUGGCCUCUGUCACUGGAGCCCAGUGGGAACCGCCAUGCCUUACCUCUUUCUUUGGGUAAAGGGGCUUUCUUAUCAAGCAUGUCUGACAUCCCUGGGGUAGCUACCUUGCUCCAGGUGGCACUGUAAUGCCAGCUGGCAUCCUUCUGUUCAUGCAACUUGGAACCUUUUGUCCUCUGGGGCUGGGUACCUCCGGGCCCUCUGUGUGUCUGUCAUCUAGGGUAGAGGAGGAGUUCAGGCCUGUUUCACUUCCCCAGUUCUGUAGCAGCUGACCGGCGUCACCUUUGAAGUAUACAUGAGAGAAAUAUAUUUACAAAUGCUUUAUUCUCUUCUUUAAUAAAAAAUGCACCAGUAUUCUGAAACA